GCGGGCUCCCGGCAUCGUGGUCGCGCUCGCCCGCUGCUCAUCGGCGGCUGCCGGGACCCUUGGCCAUGUCCUGGCGCAGCGCGGUUUCGGCGGGGAGGCGGCUGCUGGCGAGCGGGAGCAGCUUGGCUUGGCGUCGCAGCGUGGCUGGAGCUGCGGGCUCGGGGAUGGGGAACAGCACAUCCUCAUCUGUGGGGAAGUCAGCAGCUACUCCUGUGAACCAGAUCCAAGAAACAAUUUCUAACAAUUGUGUGGUGAUUUUCUCAAAAACAUCCUGUUCUUACUGUUCAAUGGCCAAAAAGAUCUUCCAUGACAUGAAUGUCAACUAUAAAGUUGUAGAAUUGGAUAUGCUGGAAUAUGGUAACCAGUUUCAAGAUGCUCUUCACAAGAUGACUGGAGAAAGAACUGUUCCAAGAAUAUUUGUCAAUGGAGCAUUCAUCGGAGGCGCAACCGACACUCACAGACUUCACAAAGAAGGGAAAUUGCUGCCACUGGUUCAUCAAUGUAAUUUAAACAAAAGCAAGAGGAAAGAAGUUGAAUGAUGUGGUUGGUCACCGUGACCACUACAUGUUAGUUAAUGCAACCCCACCCUUUAAUCAUUUGAGGAUGUUUUCCCUU